AUGAAGCCAAGUCAGCUACUGGAACUAUCCUGUCAGCUCCACAAGAAGCACGUAACGCCAACAAUUUCGGUAAAUUUCCGGUUCAACGAGACCAUCAGUAAGUUCACAAUCCAUGCCGUGUUCGACGUAUUUGCGAAGGGUAAUAAGCGCAUCAAUUUGGUGAACAUCAAAAUGGACGGCUGCAGGUAUCUGAGCUCGCUAAAUGGAAAAAAUCUCUUUCAUAAACUAUUGAAACGACUGCGGAGUGUUAGCGAUUUACCUAAUGGUUGUCCAAUUGUGGCGCAACAAAAAUAUGAAAUACGCAACUAUACGUUCCUACCCGACGAAUACCCCUCCAACGCCCCCGAGAGCCAUUGGCAAAUGCGCGUGAAAUUGCUGAAGCAGAACGAACUAUAUGUCGACAUAUUGUUCGACGGCGCUGUGGUCUAUAAUACGUGAUGGCCAUGCCAAUGCCUAUACUAAUAUU